AUGAAAUCGGAGGCCUGGGUCCCGGAGCACACACCACCUGAAUCACCACCAAGAGGAGAAUCAUCAGAAUCUCCAGGAAGAAAGGAAUUGCCUGGAAGAGAGGAGUUGCCACAAAGAAAGGAAGCGACAGGAAAAAAGGUAUUGCCAGGAAGAAAGGUGGUGCCUGAGAGAGACGAAGUAAUGUCAGAAGAGUGGUCCAGUGAAGAACAAGAAAGUAUUGACCAAUCCUCGAGUGAUGGCAGUUACACCAAUGAUAGUAGGUAGAGAGUAUCCAAUUGAGUUUACCACUAAAUACAUUACGGGAUGAGCAACAUAUAUUUGAACAAUUUGAAAAGUGGCUUCCAACUGCUGAUGGGGGUAGAAAAGAUGAGGGGAAUGCCCAACAGUGCUGUCGGCAAAUUAAAUUGGUAACACAAUACAUUUGUGCGGAGGAACCGACCCUGAAAGAUGUUCUGGAUAGACAGGGACAUUGGUCCCUGAGUGUUUGUCUAUCCAGAACAUCUUUGAGAAGGAGAACAAGUUUGAGAAGGAGAAACGUCCUGGCACAGUGAAAUUGUACCUUGGUGCUUUGCGGCAGUUUUAUUCAUUUCUGCAAUGCAAGUCUCCCAAGAGUGUGGAUGCCCCACCAAAAGUACUGAGUGCAUUAAUGGUGCAAAUGACGCAGUGGUGCAAAUCUUACUUACCACAGGCUGGUGAAAGCUCGCUUUUGGGAAAAACGUAUGGACGAUUUGGAGAAACUACGCACACCUGAGCAGAUACAAAAAUUGAACUCCUCGACUGUUGGCAGAGCAGCAGUAAAGAUACUUGGGGAGUAUGAGGAAAAGCCUGAUGAGACUAUGGCCAGCCAAACCGAGUACAUGUCAGUAAGGGAUUAUUUGCUGACAUCUAUCUGCAUAAACAAUGGUAGCAGGUCAGGAGCAUUAGCCAACAUGACAAUUGGCGAAUUCAGAAGUGCACAGGCAUUGGACGGCAGCUUCGUGGUGAAAGUGAAGAAGCAUAAAACGUUUACAACGCACGGUCCAGCCAACAUCGUUUUAUCAACCAUGCUUCACAACUGGAUGAAGAUCUUCAUCAAUAAGUUCUGUUACGCUUUGGCUGAUAAUACAUCCGAGAAUGAUGAAUCAGUCUUUUUGACGUGGAGCAACCGCCCUAUGGACUCCUCCCAGAUCGGGUGCCAGAUAGACAGUGCAUGGGGGAAAGUUUUUGGCAAAUAUGCUGCUACUGGUGGAGUUUUCUUUGAUUACUUUAGAGUUUUCCCACGCAAUCGUGUGUUUGAUGUAACAUACAUGUUCGGCUAAAGCUGAUUUCCCCUUGUCUAAAGUUGAAACAGCCUUUCGAUGUUCUUUUAGCUGUGUACCAAACUGGCGUUUAGACUGACCCGAAUACUCUUUCUCGCAAUCACCGUGUGGUAUAGACUAUACAGCAUGAGUUUUCCAAUUUGUUUUAACACGAUCUUUUGUCUUUGCGAAAAUAUGGCCUAAAGUCAAAUAGGGUUUAAGGCAACCAUAAUAUUACAAUUACUUAAGGUUCUCUUGAUUGGUUCUGUGACACCUUGAAUGUAUGGAACUAUUGCAUAACCCUUAACAGAGGUAUCACCCUUCGAGUUAUUUUGGUUCCUACAAACAGGUGAUCUCAGGCAAUCAUUAAGAAAACGUUUUGGGUAAUCGUUUUCCCCUAAAAUAUUUAGAACAUAUUCACGUUCAUUAGCUUGAGAAUGACUGUUUGAUGGCAAACAAAACCCUAUUUGAUUUUAGGCUAUAUUUUCAAAGCCAGAAGAUCCUGUUAAAACAAAUCAGAAAAUUCAUACUGUAUAUUCUAUACCCUGCGGUGACUGCAAGAAAGAGUAUUUGGGUCAGUCUAAAGGCCAGUUUGGUAUACAGCUAAAAGAACAUCAAAAGGCUGUUUCAACUUUAGACAAGGGAAAAUCAGCUUUAGCCGAACAUGUAUGUUACACCAAACACGAGAUUGCGUGGGAAAACUCUAAAGUAAUUACCACAAACAAUUGCUACGGUCAAAGACUUUGCCUAGAAGUGUGGUAUAUAAAUAUGAGUAAUCAUGCUUUGAAUAGGGAUGAUGGUGCCUAUUUGCCAGAGGAAUAUAUGCAUCUCAUUGGCAGGUGACGUCAUCCCUUGGGUAUUUAAGAAGCCACGGUUGCAAUUUUAGAUCACCCCUGAUGAAGACACUAGACUGCAGUGUCGAAACAUUGGGUCUUGAUUACAAUUCGACUGGGCUUUGUAAUCAUUUAUUUAAACCAGAGUAGCGAGCAAAACAUUAUGAGAAAUGUUAAUAGUCUACAAAUACUUUGUGCCAAUUUUCAAGUAUUUGAUCACACAUUACAAUAAAAAAGGGCCACGUCCACAUUCAAGUUGUCACACAAAACAUGAAAUUUACAUUUUUAUCUGAAGCCACCAAUCCAGCCUUGAAAACGUUUGCCUGGCAACUUGAAUAGUUGAAUAUAUACAUGACACCUUAGCAAUAUUAAAAAAACGGUAGUAGCAUAAAGUGGCAAGUUCACAGAUACUACAAUGCUUUAGGUAAAAGAAAACAUUUAUAACCAUUACCAAUGAUGUAAAUGUUCCAGUUGGACCCCUUUUGCUUUUUCCUCCUCCAACAUUUCCUCUAGCUUCUAAACCUUCUGGGUUCACAUCUGUCAUAACAUCAUAAACAAGUGAAUGAGGCACUGCCACACCAUGCUGCUCCCGAAUCUUACGCUGCAUCAUACGAUACCCUAAAAGCUUUCCUGGACCAUCUAUUUCAGUUUUAAUAGCAUUUUGCACAUGUUCAAGACUUGUAUCAUAGUUGAAAUACUUAUAUCAAAUGCACACAUUCUUCUACUUAGCGUAGGAAGGCUCCAGGCAUAUUGUGGAUAGUCAUGCUUUAGAAAAUCCAAAACCUCUGCCCUUUUCAAGUUCUGCAUUACAUAUUUCUUUAUUCUUUAUAUCAUUUCUCAAUUCUUCAUCAUCUUCUCAAUCUACAUUUUGAAAUCUUUCCCCUGCCGCCAUGUUGAUAUUUGAAUCUUCAGCUGGCUCAUUCCCAGUUGCUCGCCUAACCCGCGAACGGGCAUAUUCUCCCCGUACUAAAAUAUAUGGUCUAUGAUAACAAAGGGCCACAUUGAGAGCAUUUGAUUUUAGAAUUGAAAACAAAAAUCGCAUGUUUGUUUUUGUUUUUUUAUUUUCUUUUUUUAUUUUUUUAACAUAUAUUUUUAUAUCUGUUUUAUUUCAAAAAUUUUUUAAAAAUUUAUUUAUUUUCUUUUUUCUUUUUAAUUUUGUUCGUGAAAUAUAAUUUUAUUUUAAAAUUAUCUACUGAAUUUAUAAUGAUAACAAUGGCCCAUCAUAGCAUAUCUUAUGAACUAAAUAUCUAUGAAUCUUCAACGUGUACCAAUGUUACGUUUGGGAAUUUGUACAUCAUUUUGAAAACUUUGAAAUACAUUAAUUUCACUGCUAAUGUCCGACUUUUUUGAAAGGUUUAGUGUAAGAUGUAAGGUGUGGGUCAACAACAUAAUAAUACGUACAGUAUAUACCUGUACAUGUAUGUUUGCACCACGAUGUAUAGAAUGAAUAUAGUCCUUAGGUAUAACCCCCAUGUGUAUUUCAUUUACGUUUAUUAGACUAUGGGUUAUAAAAGGACCAUGCUGACCAUGUUUAUUCAACCGAUCCAUAAGGCCAAUAAUAUUAUUGGUUGCAAAGACUAGCAAUUCCAGUAAAUGAUGAAAAAAUUUCUUUCAAUUAUAGAUAGUUGUAAUGAAAUUAUGGAUUUUAUAUUUCCUCCCAAUUUAUCUUUUUUUAUGAUGAUUUUCGAGUUGGUGCCUGGGACAUGUUUCUUUUACAGUUCAAGGUCCUUCACUGGUGCAAUCCGGCUUCGUCGGUUGGAACAGAUAGUUGGAAAAUAUGGUUGGAGCAAAUGGAAAAGUUGACCCCAUCCAGGAUUGGUAUCCAUAGAGUAUACUAAGUGAUGGUGGAAUGCACAGUUUAAGAAGCACCAAACAUCUUGCAUAGUUAUUCAAUAAUACAUUAAAGAUUCAAUCAGAGGAUCUACAUUAAAGAUUCAAUCAGAUCAAAAAACUUGCAGGUAUGAACAUUGUAAAUAUACACCGGCACUGUAUUGACAUACAUAAUUCCACCAAGCUUGACCAACACAUUCAUCACCAAUUACUAUACUGAGCUGCUCUCCAGUUGGUUGUAUUUGCUGUGAUUCAACCACUUCUUGUUGUAUUAAACAAAAUACUGGCUUCGAUAGCAUCAUUUGCAUUUGAUAAUUUGGAUAGUUUUGUUUACUUUUAUUAUUAAUAUCUUUAUAUAAUAUAUAAUUAACAUGGGUUUUUGUUUGGUGGCCCAACCGUGGACAUACCAAAAAAUUGGCGGCCCAUCAAAACUGCCCAAAAGAUUUUCCAUGGCCCAUCCCAAAUCACUCCAGCCCACCCUAGCAGUUACUUUAUGACCGGUCCCUAACACAAUUAUGCCUGUUCCACCUAUGAAUAAUUCCUUUACAUGCCUGUUAUAUUCUUCUAGCUUUCAAACGUAUUCUUCAGUGUAUGCCAACUCUUUCAUGCUCAGCAAUGCACCAAUGCUUGACUACAUUUAGGAAGCCUCGCUUUAAAAUUUGAUUUUGAAGUCGUUUUGUACGUUUCACCAUGAUUUUAUAUUUAACGCAAUCUUAUAUGAACUUUUGUCAGUACUGGAAGACGCUUUUGAGCUAAAUAAACCAACUUUUCUUGCAAAAAUUAUAAUUUUAGUAAGGUACAGCAGCAAAUUGUAAUCCCCGAGCUGACAGCGCGAAACGCCGGUACUAAUUCCCCCUGACUAUUUACUCCCGGGAAAAGGACCGCACUCGCGAAGUCUAAAGUUCAAAUAUCGCGGGUGCGGUUCAUGGGUGUAUGGGUAGUCAUCUCACUGAUCUCAAAAUAUGGCUGUUUGCCAGGAGUGAAGAACAGGAAAAUUAAAAAAAUAUAUGUAAGAAAGCUUGGAAAAUCGUUUCACAUAACAAAUUGUAAAACUUUUCUUCAAUUUUUGCAGGUAAGAAUUGAUUUAGUAUGAUAAAUUUUAAAGUACCUAGCAAGUUUGUUUCAAUUGUUUAUGUAUGCAUGACUUUGUGUUAUUAAUAUAGAUUUUGCGCUUGUUGUUCAAGUCUUUCCUAUACAUUGUAUGCGAAAGUUUCUUAGUUAAAUUAACUUUUGUAGAAGUUCAUGAUAAAAAGGAAAGCAAAUUAUUUUCAUUAGCAUCCUGUACGAAUUAAAUUUAUUUCAUUUCAAAGUGCAAGUAAUAUAAAGUUGAAGAGAUUAAUAUCGGCAAAAAGCCGUUGAAAUUCAACUCACAUUUAAAAACGUUUUUAAUAUGUAGUUUCGUUUCGAAUUUUGCAUUAAAAUAAAGCCCAUAGAAACCAAAAUAAUAUACCUACUUUAUAUAUUUUAGAAAUUGAUAGUUCUGUAUUUAAAAGUGUCAUCUACUUUUUUCAGGUUUGUACAAAAAAAAUUUUUAAAAAUUAUCGUGUUGCCAUGACUAACAUGACGUGGCAAUGCAAGCCUGCGGUCAAUGUUGGCAUAUUUACGAAUACUUCAUGUUAAAACAAUGCUUGGAGAAUAUAGGCGAGGGGUUGCUGCAUGCAUGUAUUUCUAGUAUAAUCUAUUGUGAUGUUUGUGAUGUUACUCCGAGUGUGUAUCCACACCGGGCAAGCUUUGAAAAAUAUGCCUGGCCAUGGCGGGAAUCAAACCUACAACCUUUGAAAUACUAACCCAAUGCUCUCCCAACUGAGCUACACGGUCAGGUCGGUUCGGGUAUGUGAUAUUCCAGAACUGAAUCUAGUUCCAUCAAUGUAAUAAUAAUGUAGUACACAACACCAACACAGCAAUUCAUAAUCUAUAGUGUUUGUUUAUGCUUGCGUACCUGAGUGCCAGACCCCCAAGCAAAAUUAAGUACGACAGAUUUUUUUCCCAAAAAAGGUCAAAAUUGCCAUGUUUGAGGGCCUCUAUCUCAGAGACUAUUGAACUAAAUCAAAAAAGAACUUGUUAAAUAACUUCUCAUGCUCUUCUCAAAUCCAUAAAGAUCCCACAAAUGAUAUAGGUGUUUUAAAUGGUUACUUGAAAUAAGAAAUCGAGUAAUUUUUUUCUUAAUAAGAAUAUCCAUAAUCUCAAAACAAGAACAAAUUUACUUAUCACGAAAAGUACUUGGUAUUAAAACGAUUACUUGAAAUAAGAAAUUGAGUAUUUUUUCUCAAUAAAAAUAUUAAUUUACUUAAAACAAGAACAAAUAUACUUCCUGAGAAAAGUUCUUGUUUAAAUUAUCAUAACUUAAGAGUGUCCACAUAUUUUCAGCAGUUAUUACCAAACAUUGUGCUUAAAUUUUACUAAGUCAGAAGAAAUUUUACCAAAUAUGCAACUAAAAAUCUCCUCACCCAUACUUGUGGUUCAAUUUUUUUAAAAAACAAACAAUUACAACCCAAUAAGUUAUUGGGUUUUAAUGGUUUACAAUUUGUAAUAAUUUAUUGGUUACAAGUUACAACAUUAUUUGGAACAGGGAAUGGAAAGUGGAGAAAAUUUAACAGAAUGGAUGGAAACACAAUUUUUUUCUGGGGAACACUGGGGAUGA